GAACGUCGAAGACACGCGGGCUUCCCGUCGCCACCGCGCAGGUAUGGCGACCACGUGGCACAGCGAUCGAAAAGUAGGACUACUAAAAACGUAAAUCCUACGAAACACCCGCCUCCACCUACGAUCGCCCCUCUGCCACGACGGCUUGGUAGCGGCUACGCUGGCCUGUGUGGCUCGCGUCGACAUCGACUCCUGCGCCUUUUCUGAAAAGUUGAUCUGUCCUAUUCGCGCCGGGUGCAACAUGACCUCCAUUGCGGCCAAGACAUUUGUCGUCAGCACCCGCAGCGUCUCCGGCCGUGCAGCAAGACGAAUCACGAUAAACGCAGAGGUGGUGAAGGCGACUAAGCUCUGCGCUGGUGAUGCCAUCGCCAUUUCCUCAGUGGAUUCUGGAGUCACAGCCUUCGCUGUGGGAGUCGUGUGGCCCUCCAUAGACAUAUCACACGACGCUAUUCUCAUUUCAAAGUCCCUGCUCCUGACCGCCCAUCUGUCCCCCGGAGCGAAAACACAACUACAUCCGCUGACCGGAGGCAGACCCCCACCGCAUGUCCCCCCGCUGAAAAAUGCCCAAGCCGCGCGCACGAUCCGCAUGCGAGAGGUCCUUCCCGAAAUAUCGACAUCGUCCGCCAAUCUGCGAUCCAAUAACGACCCCAAGACGCAGACUCAUGGAGAUAGCCUUGCAAAGAGACGCGACUGGCUGACGCUCCUCGUCAGAGAGGUCUUAGUCGAUCAGAAGUACCUCACACCCACACAGAUAGUGGAAGUAUCGUACGAGGGCCGGAGCCGGCGGUUUGCCGUCUCCGCCGUGAACGAAGCGGAAGGCCAUGCAGACGACCUGUCAGAGAACCUGGCAGCGCUGUCUAUCGCGAAAGAAGAAAAACCACACUUAUGGACGGUGGACUGGGACGUCAUAGUCCGCCUAGACCGCGACGGUGAAAAAUCUGAUAGAGAUGGUACAGCAGAAGCGGCACUUGGCAAAGGUAUCGAACGCGACGUCGACCCAAAUGCCUAUGCCGCCGUCGGUGGGCUCGACAAACAAAUUGCGCAAAUCCGCGACCUCAUCGAAAUCCCGCUCACCCGGCCAGAGCUCUUCCGGCAUUUCGGGCUUAAACCACCCAGAGGCAUUCUCCUCCACGGCCCACCCGGCACAGGCAAGACACACCUCGCACGCGCUAUCGCCGCCUCCACGCGCGCCUCGCUCCUCACCGUCAACGGCCCCGAGCUCUCCUCCGCCUAUCACGGCGAGACCGAGGCGAAACUUCGCGACGUCUUCGCAGAGGCGCGGUCGCGUGCACCGUGCAUCGUCGUGCUCGACGAAGUAGACGCGCUCUGUCCGCGGCGUGAAGAUGGGCCUGGCGGGGAGGUCGAGAAGCGCGUCGUGGCGCAGCUCCUGACGAUCAUGGACGGGAUGGAGGCGGGUAAGGAGGGGAAGGAGGAGAGGGUCGUCGUUGUCGCUACGACCAACCGACCGAACGCGAUCGACCCUGCGUUGCGCAGACCGGGGCGGUUCGACCGCGAGAUUGAAAUCGGGAUCCCCGACGCGGAAGCGCGCUUCCACAUCCUCUUCGUCCUCCUCUCAAAGACACCCCACUCGAUCUCACCCGACGACCUCCGAGCGGUAGCCGCCAAGGCUCACGGGUAUGUCGGCGCGGACCUCAGCGCCGUCGUACGGGAAGCAGGGACGCUCGCCAUCAAGCAUUGGCUCGUUUCCUCCUCUACUGCCUCCUCAGACCCCUCCUCUUCCGCCCCGCAACUCACCCUCACGGACCUGCUCACCGCCCUCCCAACCAUCCGCCCCUCCGCGCUCCGCUCGCUGCUGCUCGACCUCACCCCCGUCCGGUACGCUUCCAUCGGCGGGCAGGCGCACACGAUCGAGAAGCUGCGCGAGUGCGUUGAGUGGCCGCUGCUGCACCCGGAGGCGUUCGCGCGGCUGGGCGUGCACCCCCCGCGGGGCGUGCUGCUGUACGGCCCACCGGGGUGCAGCAAGACGCUACUUGUGCGCGCGUGCGCGACUGAGAGCGGGGUGAACUUCCUGGCUGUCAAGGGGCCGGAGCUGCUGAACAAGUACGUCGGCGAGUCCGAGCGCGCCGUCCGCGAGGUCUUCAGCAAAGCCCGCGCGGCCGCGCCCUCGCUCAUUUUCUUCGACGAGAUCGACGCCCUCGCGACCUCCCGCACCUCCGACACCUCCGGCGGCGCACACGAAGGCGUGCUCACCUCGCUCCUCAACGAAAUGGACGGUGUGCAAGAGCUCGUCGGGGUCACCAUUGUCGCGGCGACGAACCGGCCCGAGGCGAUCGACUCCGCGCUGAUGCGCCCCGGGCGGCUCGACCGCAUUCUCUACGUCGGCCCGCCCGAUGCGAGCGGGCGCGAGGAGAUCCUCCGGAUACGCACGGCGAGGAUGAGCGUCGAGCCGGAGAUGGACUACGCGUUGCUUGCGCAACUGACUGAAGGAUGCUCUGGCGCGGAGUUGGCUGCGCUAUGCCAGGAGGCUGCGCUUCACACAAUGAAGAGGGAUAUGAACGCGCCCUUCGUCCCACACGAUGUGUUCGUCGAGGCGGCCAAGACGAUGAAGAGACAAAUCACACCAGACGUUGUCGCUAAAUACGAACGAUGGCGAGAUCAAAGUGGUGUGGGCGAAGCCUAGAGCACUCGGGUACCCGUACUUUGCUAGAGACGGACAUUCCCACUGAUCGCAGGUAUUGCCAACUGGCAUUGAAGCGUAAAGGUGUGAUAUCAUUACUCUGUAUUUGUCGUGAUUACUGUGGCGUGCGGGAAGCAAUGCAAAAUAUGUGCGUUCUGUUGAUACAAAC